AUGAAGCUGUGGGGAGGGUCAGCUUGGCCUUUGCAGGUGGCCUUCCUUGUCACCGCGGUGAUGCUCUGCGUUGACCCGGUGUCCGCUGGCAACCGUAACCAUCGGGGACCGACAGUCCCUUACCAGGUGAAGCAGGGGACAUGUGAGGUAGUGGCCAUCCACCGCUGCUGUAAUAAGAACAAGAUUGAGGAGCGCUCUCAAACCGUCAAGUGUUCCUGUUUUCCUGGACAGGUCGCUGGCACCACCCGAGCCAGACCCUCUUGUGUGGAAGCCUCCAUCGUAGCCCAGAAGUGGUGGUGCCACAUGCAGCCAUGUAUGGAGGGAGAGGAGUGUAAGGUCCUGCCUGACCUGACUGGCUGGUCCUGCAGCACCGGCAACAAAGUCAAAACCACCAAGGUCACACGAUAGCGAGAGAGUCACGGAGCCACGAUGCAACCGGAAACUCUGAAGAGAUACUGGAACUCCAUGUGGAAAGGAUGGAUGACUCACUUAUACUUACCAUAUGAUGAGGAAAAUAUCAAUGCAAAGGAAGCUUUCAGGUUGUCCAUCACAUAAUAAUGGGAUAAAAUGUAUUCAUUACAAACUACGUA